CAGCAAGUCGGUAAGUGACGAGUAAGUAUCCGUCCGUAGAUUUCACCGCAAACUGCCAGCGAAAUGAAUUACCCUAGCUAAGGUAUUGAGCGAGCCCCGAAUCUGGCGGCUUAGAGCGGCAAUGGCAUGGCACCUGCGCUAACAUCCAAGUUGGACAGGCCAGAAAUAUCGCCGUAGACCCGAUUUGAUUCAGAUUGAAGAAGGAUGAGGGGCGUGUGAAGAGUAAAACGAAAAAAAUUCGAACCAUCCAAGCUAGAAAAGGAACAAAUUUGACACUGCAAACAGUUGGCGGCCAGUAUUGAAGCGUCUUCCUUGCUUGGCGCCGGCCUCGGUAACAGGUACUUCCGUCUUUACUCCGGUUACUGCUCCUGCUCUAUCUUUUUCCGCCUGUAACUGGCAGGCACGUUACCGCAGCCGCGCUCUCACUGCCCUGAUCUCAGUGUUCCCAGGCGAGAGCAAGUAGGAGGUACCUCGGGGUUUUCAGUAUCUUCCUGCCUCCCGUAGGUCGUUGUUCCCUCGUUUUUCAUCUUUCCUCGUUCUCUCGUUCUCCCGAAAAAUUUUCCCUCACACAACUCACAUACCAUCAUCGACUCUUCUUUGGACUCUCUAGAUUUCGUGCAUCUUCAAAUACAUUGCCAAAAACAAUCACCUCAAUUGUCGUGAUAUCUUGAAGUCGAUUUGCGCGUCUGGCGCCUGGCCCCAUCAAACACGACCGCGACCCGCGACCCUCUGUGGCCUAUUUUCGCCCUUUCCUCCAGAUCCCAGCCGCCAGCUAUUCAGAUUGUGGUUCCUUUGCUUCGUUGUGGGCCCACUUCCCUUGACAACAUUAUCCACUUCCCACAUCUCUUGCUGGUUCUUUACUUGCAACUGGGUUGGGAAUUUGCGACCACGCGAGUACCGGCUUUAUCUUACAAUACAUACUGUGCGUGCCGGCCAAGGCAUUUUUACUAACGGUUCCGCGACUGGCAACUUUUCCUCCCUUCACUUCAGCUGCUCCUGUUGCUUUCCUUCGCCUUCGACCGCUCCUCGUGAUUGCGUACUAAGCAAGACCGAAAAAUUUACUUUAGUGCUGCUUCUGCAUCGCUUUUUAAUCCACACCCGCACCAACCCACUUCUUUUUUCUCUCCUUCACUCGCCUCUUCUUUUCACACCCACCCACUCUGAACCCACUCAACGUUACCCACCUUUUCAAAAACUGCCCUGACAGCUCGACCGUCUAGAGAGGAGACCGCGAGAAGAAAAAAAAAUAAUACUUAAAAAGGUUCGGGACCCAGUUCUCCACUCUGUGCACCCUCUCCAAACCACUACCUUCAAAGAGGGACCUGCCACGAGCCUCAUCCUCCACCAUCCGGGAACAUCUUCUGCGGAGCUCUACAAGGCAUUGCAUUUGAUAUUGCUUUGCUUUCUCACGUUUUGCAAACCUCCUAGACCCCUCCUCUUUCUUCCUUUCUCCGCAAAUCCUCGACUUGGACUUGUCAUCCACCAAGGUCCAUUGUACCCCGGGCAACUUUUUUUUUUUGCGUCGCGGUAUUCUCAACACCACGACGAUUGUCACGAGCUUCGCGUCUACCAAGAGUAGCAUGGACGGUCCUCACUACCCCUCCAAUGGUAUAAACACGACUUCUUCUGGUCAGACUUAUCCUUCACCAACCGCGAUUUCUCCCAACCAACUUCAAACCGGCUCUCCUCUCCCUCAGACUCUGCCACCGCUGCAGCCUCCAACCUCGGCCAUGCAGAACAUGUACGGAAGCCACCCUCAUACGCCGCGAACCCCAGGCACCCCGAACACGCCUGGGUCGGCCUCCAACAUGCCUAGCUACCAGCAGCAGACAUCGCAGCCCGCGAACCGUGCUGGUAUUUACUCAAUGGCCCAGAACCAAUACCCUCCUCCCCAGGCCUAUGGCACCUCUGCCAUGAUGCCCCAGGCGACCACUGCCGCGUCUCACCCACAGCCUAUCGCGCCUGCUCCUGCUGGUGGUCGCGGUCCUCCUGUGUUGCGUCCUAUGCCUCCUGGAGGCAUCAUGUCUCAACCUGGUGUUUCGUCGCCUUAUGGUCCUGGUUCUCUUAUGCAGCCCACUGCGGUGAUGCCAGAGGGCGAACCUCCCACUCACGUUGUUGGCUCUCAGGGACGACGCGGAAUCCUGCCCAGUGCUCCUGGACGGCCUGCUGCCCCAGCCGCUGGUACUGGCGCCAAGAACACCGUGAUUCCUGUCAAGGACGCAGAUGGCAAAUUCCCUUGCCCUCACUGCACAAAGACUUACCUCCAUGCCAAGCAUCUUAAGCGCCACCUUCUGCGACACACCGGUGAUCGCCCUUACAUGUGUGUUCUUUGCCGCGAUACCUUCUCUCGAAGUGAUAUCCUGAAGCGUCAUUUCCAAAAGUGCUCUAUCCGCCGUGGCAACCCCACUGGAGCUAGUCACUUGUCGCACCCUCAGGCUCACGUUAAGAAGAACCAGCAGCAGGCUCAGAAGGCCGCCGGCCUCGCCCACGAGGGUGAUCUCAACCACCUUAAUGGCUUGAGCAACCUGCCCGCAGACAACAUGGUCCACCCAUUUGGCAUGGUCCCAGUCUCGGAUGGCAUGAACAACAUGGCCCAGGAUCAGAGCCAACUCUCUCGAUCCAGCUCGCUUGGUCGUCUCGACAACGGUAACAACGCUGACAGACGGAACAUGAACGGUCAGGUCAUGGGUGCUUCGCAGCCCUAUGGCGCUGACCCCAACAUGAACCAGCAGCAGAUGACUGGCUACAGCAUGCCUCCCGCUCAGAACGGACUGCCUAUGUACGGCGGCUCCAACACAAACCCUCCAUCUGGCCUUGAUUGGUCUCAGAUGUUCCAGGCUGGUGCGCAUCAAACCUACGUCAACACAUCUUUCAAUCCUAAUCUUGGACAGACUCAGAGCGGAAUCAAACCCGAACCUAAUGCCGGGCCCGGAACGACAGGCGCCAGCGCCAGCGACACCCUUUUGUCGAAUAUGGGAAUGCAAUCUCACCAAACCUCAUACAAUCUUCUUUCUGAUCAGAUCCUUAAUUUCUUCUAUCCUCCUAAUCAAGCCAUCGAUCCCUCUAGCGCGGGAAUGAAUCUCUACUUCUCGCCUGACAACGUCAAGGACUUCUUGGACAAGUACACUCAUUUCCACAUCCACAUGCCUUUCAUUCAUGUCGCGACGUUUAAGGUCAUGGAGGCGUAUACUGGCUUACUUGCAGGCAUGUGUUGCAUCGGCGCCUGUUACUCAGACAAUGUCACCCCGUCCAAUGUUCGCGAAAUGAUGGAUUUUCUUGUCGUCGCACUUCAACGCGACUGCAAGAUGAUGUCUAAUGCUGAACCUUUGACAGGGCAACCGAGUCACGCAUCUCGGGCUGAUAUUGAAGAGCUUCAGGCUGUCUUGCUAACAUGUAUAUUAUUACUCUGGAAUGGAAACCCUCAACAGAGAGAGCGGGCUCGACAGAUCUACCCUUCUCUUGCAGCCAACGCCAGGCGACUGAAUCUCUUCCAAUCAUCACGGGACCCUGCUUCUCUGUCACCCCUUCACCAAAUCGAUUUUGACCGGAACACUUUUGAUUUGCAGCAAUGGAACUGGGAUACUUGGGUUGAUCAAGAGCGUCGGAAUCGUCUAAUGUUUGGCGUCUUUUUAAUGGACGUUGCCAUGGGACUUUACUUCAACUCUCAACCCUUGUUCGAUGUUAUGGAAUUUCAUUUACCUUUGCCUUGCGACGACACAGCUUGGGAUGCGGACAAUGCCGGGGACUGUGGUUCUGCGCUUGGCCUCAACGGCGAUGUUGCCGCUCGCGAUAAGAAUCCUUAUGGCACUCAGCGACCAAAGCAGCCUGAGAUGGACUGGGCUCUCAAAGCUCUUCUGCACCCCUCGUAUCAGAUCCAACCUGGAAGCACCAACCUUUAUGGAAAGUUUGUUCUCAUCCAUGGCAUAUUAGCUCUGAUUCGGCGGGCCCAGAUUGACGGCAAUGCGGCUCAGCUGUCCAAAUUUGGAACGCCUCCUCCCAAUGAUUGGAUGACUCCAGCCGGCCACAAUAGUGGACGGGGUACUCCUGUGGAGGGGGCGGCUGCCAACGUUGACCCACAAAGUCUGCAGGCACUUGUUAUCGCUCUGAGCAAGUUCAAGAGUAAUUGGGAUGCGGAUAUGGCCAAUCAGUUCCCGCCAACAUUGCCGGGAUCUAGCAAUCCUCGGCGGCACGGGUUCUCGCGAGAUGGCAUCCAUUUCUAUUGGCUUUCCAAUUACCUGCUCAAGCACACGCAAGCUGCGGACUUACGGUUGUCGCCGGAUGCCCGGUUUGUCCAAAUUAUCCAAUUAUUGAAGUCGGUGAAGUCGUGGGUGAUGUCAGAUGGCGCGAGCAGAGGAGAAGAAUUAGGAUCUGUUGGAGAGAUUGAUGAUCAGUAUGGAGCAAUGGAUCUCACAUUAGAGAUGGCAAAACUAUUCAAACCACUUCCGCAAGUGGUGGAAGACGCUGGCACUGCGUCUGUCAAGACGGAGCUUGACUAAGGGACGGCAGUAUGAAUUUCUUACAGAACCAAAAAAAGUACUAUAGGGGCGGGGGCUGCAUCUGGAGGCGUUGCGCUGCAUUCUGCUUUGUUUUCUUCAUUUUCUUUGUUUCCUGGGUCACUGGGUUUCACCAAUGUGAUGGUCAUCUCAAGGUAGACCGGAUUGGCCUCACACAUCCAUGGUUGGCACCGUUGUGCAAUGCAUUUGUCGAGAAUAGACGGGAAGAGGAGUUGUAACUGCAUAUUAGACUUUGAUCAAGAUAGAAAGGGAGGUCUAACCGGUUGACGGUCAACCGGUAGACCAUCAUGACUUGAUGGCUUGGAGCAGGUUAAUGAUGUUUGCCUAUAUUUCUACUUGUGCCCCUUUGUGAAGUAUUAUGUGUUUGUGUCUGAUGUAAUGAGAUCAUUCCUUGACGCUGCUGCGCUUUGUUCGCUAUCCUUGGCGAAACAUUGCCCUUGAGAGACGUGUAGAUAUGGUUUAUAUAUGUAUUGCAAGCCUCUCAGUUCAGUUACCGUCUUUCUCGUUCUUGUCAACAGUGGUAAUUUUUGGUGUGUAUUUGUCCAGCUCAGCCUUGUCCUCUUCGGUUGGAGUCAAGCCAAGAGACUUCUCAAGUGGAUCAGUCAACAUGAGUCCUCCAGCGCCCCAAGCGAUGAUUGCGAUACCGACGCCGAGACGUGUCUUGGGUGAGAGGUUCUUGUAAGCCCUGGUUGUGUAUGUAAGUCCUAGUGCUAGGGGCUACGGUUGAGGAUGAGGCAACUUACUUGAGCAUGAUGGUUGAUGUGAUGAUGGGAGAAUGUGAACGAGAAUAGUCAGUCACAUGACCUGCCUUUCCUUUGACAAUGACUGGCAUCAGCACAUAAGCUCAACAGUUUCCUGGAGGAAGACUCAUACUUGAGGCGUAAGAGAAGCGACGAGGCGUAUCGCAGUGAAUCGGCGGAUGAGAACUGGGAUGAAAACAGGCUGAGGUUGAUGUCUGAUGCGGGAAAGAAUGUGAUAGGUUUACCGUGGGGCGUGGCAGUAGCUCAGCUCCGAGGGUCAAGACAGGAC